AUGUCAGAAGGGGUCGACUCCCAGCCGGUGGCCCUGGGCGCUUCCCGGGUGGAGCUCCGCGUCUCCUGCUGGAGCCUCCUGAUGCGUGAGGCCGUCAAGCCCGACCCCUGCGUGAUGCUCCAGCUGUUCAGCGACGGGCAAUGGAACGAGGUGGGGCGCUCCGAGGUUCUCCGUGGCUCCCAGAACCCCGUCUUCGAUCAUGUCUUCGCGCUGGACUAUUUUUUUGAAGAGAUGCAGGUCUUGCGGUUCGAAGUGUUCGAUGCCGGUGGGGACGGCGCCGAGGACAGAGGGUCGGAGGUGGGGCCCCUGCUAGGGGCAGUCGAAUGCUCUUUGGGGCAGAUCGAAGCGGAGGAAGUCUCCCGAACCAACGAGUUUGUGCAGUUGGAAUUUCAUGGCCAGGAACUGGAUGACAAGGAUUUCUUCAGCAAGUCUGACCCGUUCCUGGAGAUCUACAAGGUGAACAGCAAUAACAUGGAGCAGCUAGUAUGGAAAACGGAGGUAGUGAAGAACAACCUGAGCCCACGGUGGGAGCCCUUCCGCGUCUCUCUGCAGUCUUUGUGCAGCUGCGACCCAGAGAAGACUAUCAGGUGUGUUAUUUAUGAUCACGACUCCAGCGGGAAGCAUGACUACAUCGGUGAAUUCAGCACCACCUUCCAGGAGAUGCUCCAGGUUUCCUCGGGAGUAGAGGUCAAAUGGGCCUGCAUCAACCACAAGUAUCUCGAGAAGAAGAAGAAUUACAAAAACUCAGGGCACAUCGUCCUCACUCAGUGCAAGAUGGAGAAAGUCCACACUUUCCUGGAUUAUAUUAUGGGUGGCCUGCAGAUCUCCUUCACGGUGGCCAUCGACUUUACGGCAUCCAACGGGGAUCCACGCAGCGAACACUCCCUUCACUUCAUCAACCCCAAGGAACCCAACGAGUACUUGAAGACCUUGUCUUCGGUGGGCGAGAUCUGCCAGGACUAUGACAGCGACAAGCGCUUCCCGGCCUUCGGUUUUGGCGCACGGGCUCCUCCAGACUUCGAGGUGUCUCACGAUUUCGCUAUCAACUUUGAACCGGAGAAUCCAGAAUGUGAAAGGAUCACAGGCGUGAUCGAGGCCUACAAGCGCUGCCUGCCCCAGAUUCAGCUGUACGGCCCAACCAACGUCGCCCCCAUCAUCAAUAAGGUGGCCGCUCUGGCAGCCGAGGAAGAGAAAACCGGGUUGCCCACGAAGUACCGCGUGUUGCUGAUCCUCACCGACGGGGUGGUGAGCGACAUGCCCGAGGCGUGCGAUGCAGUCGUUCGGGCCUCCCGGCUGCCCCUCUCCAUCAUCAUCGUUGGCAUCGGGAAUGCCGACUUCUCGGACAUGCGGGAGCUGAACGGGGACCGCGGGAUGCUGGAGUCAGACGAAGGCCGGGCCGUCCGCGACAUUGUCCAGUUCGUGCCCGUCCGGGAAUUCAAGAAGGCUCCCCCCAACGCUCUGGCCAAGUACGUUCUGGCCGAGGUCCCCAAGCAGGUGGUGGAGUAUUAUGGAAGCAAAGGCAUCGCGCCCGGGACGCAGAAGCCACCCUCCUCACUGCCCCAAUGAGACCCACGUUCCCCUCUCCCUACGGGCAUGGCCUGUCCACCACCUGAAUGUGCCUGUCUUCUCUUUCCCCUCACCUCUGCCUGU